CACCAUGAGCAGCGGCCAUGUGAUUGUGUUGUUAUUUAUUUCCAUAAUUUCACCAACAUCUUGAAACAAAUAAGUGUAUUUACAAAUCUAAAUUAUAAAAUUAAAAAUAAAUAAAUUAGUUGAUCAUAAAAAAAGAAUAUGCUUCUGGAUAAUCCGUUCUCAAUGGACCAAGAUUCAGACAGUGACGUGAGUAUGAGCGAGGAUUCUUCGGAAGAUGAGGUUAUGUCUGGAGAUUCCCCGAUGGAGGACGAUGACAGUGAAGAAGAGCAGCAAGAAGCUGGAGCAGAAGGUGAACAAGAAGAAGAAGAUGAACUUGUCAAAGCUAUUACUGCUUCCAAGGAGUUUCAUCGAGAGCACCCUCCAGAUAUAGUGAUUGAUGAUCAAGAUCCUUCUAUUCACAAUAUUUGUUUUCAUCCCGAGCAGGACUUUAUUGCACUUGCUUGUACCAACGGUGACAUUAAAGUGUAUAAAUAUAGUAAUGAUGAGAAUAUUUCGCAAUCUGUAAUAGAAGCUCAUGAGGAUUCAUGUCGGGAUGUCAAAUUCAGUGCAAAUGGAGACACCUUGUUUUCGGCAUCCAAAGACAAAUCAAUCGCAAUAACAGACUUUGCUACGCAAAAAUUCAAAGGAAUUUAUGAAGAAGCACAUGACUCACCGAUUCAUGUUAUAAGUGUGAUUAGUGAAAAUACAUUCGCGACAGGAGAUGACGAUGGAACGAUAAAAUUGUGGGACUUGAGACAGUCAGGAAAACUUCCAAUAUUUUCAGUCAAAGGAGAGGGAAGUUCGGUGAACGCAAUGCUGACAAACGACGAAAAGAAAUACUUAGUAUGUGCGAUCGGUGAUGGCACUAUUACGACCAUAAACAUGCCUGCUAAAAAAGUUUACUGCCGAACAUCAGAGGAUGCAGAGUAUGAUGAAUGUAGCUGCAUGGGAUUGUUCAAACACAGUAGUAAAAUAUUGACAGCAACUAAUUCUGGUAAAUUUUACGUUUUCGACUGGGACAAAUUUGCAGAGCCUACGGAUGUAUUUCGUUAUGUUAAUAAGAAGGCAAUCGCUUGCAUGAUACCCAUUACUGAUAACAUCGUGAUAACUGGUGAUGAAGACGGAGUGUUACGGGCAUUCAGCGUCUUUCCACAUGAAAAAUUGGGUAUCGCAGGCCAGCAUGGAAAUUCUGUCGACGCUUUAGACAUUUCUCGGGACGGAUCGUUGAUUGCAUCUUCGUCUGAUGAUUCUGUUAAAUUCUGGAACGUUAAGUACUUCGAGACCUUUGAUAUUACGAAAGUCCAAACGCAGAGAAAUAAAGGGAAGAAAGUUAAGCAAGCCAAGUUCAAUUUACCCAGCAGCAAGUUUGAAAAUCCCUCAGAUUUUUUUGAUGGUUUCAAAAACGAUGCUUAAAAACAUUUCAAUCGAUUAUUCUUUAAUAUUUUUUAUGUACAAAAUAAAGAAAUGUAAUUUAAA